UUUCUGCAUUUUGAGAAUACUGUUUCUGGUUCAUCUCCUGAGGCCUCUCAUACCACUUUUUCUAUUUCAGGAGUCUGGGUGGUGACCAUUUUGCCUGCCUCCUUCACGUGUGUGAGCCAGCUGUUCCACAUUUUGUCCUGUUACAGAAAGCGCAUGAGGAGGUUGUGGGCAGGAGAUAAACACUCUCUGCCUUUGAAGUUCCACCAUCCUUCCUCGUCGGAGAGUGUGGUGGCCAUUGCAAGGUACCCUGGCUGGCAAAUAGCCUACAUUCUGUGGGGCUACUUCAUCAUCCACGUGGUGCAGAGCCUGUGUGGCCUGGCAAUCAUGUAUGGCCUAGUGUUGCCCAUCAUCCACAACCAGGGCCUGGAGAUGCUCCGAGGACUGGGCAUCGGGACCCUCACCAUAUCCACCGUCCUGGGUCUCAUGAUGCUUCAGGUAUGGAUCGCCACCAGGUUCUUCCUGCAACCAAAGAUGGGCACAGCCGACACGCAGAAGCCCUUGGCUCUCAACAACAGGAAAGCGUUCCACAACUUCAACUAUUUUCUGUUCUUCUACAACGUGCUGCUGGGCCUGGGCGCCUGCCUCUCCAGGCUGCUCAUCAGCUGCAUCCUGGGCGCGUGGCUCAUCGCCCGCAUCGACAGGACCAUCAUGCAGAGUGGCUAUGAGGGAGCAGACAUGGGCUACAGUGCGUGGAUCGGCAUGCUCUAUGUGGAUCAUUAUCAUACCAACGCUGUGCUCGUCAGCUUUUGCCACAUCCUGAUCACAGGCCACAGGGAGAGGAGGCUGCAGCAGGCCAUCAAAUACUGGUACCUAAACCAGUCAGCAUGUCCCCGCGUCUCAGCCAGGUCCAGGACGAGGUGGCUCCUGCUGCAGACCCUGAUCAACAACCCCAGACUGGUCACGCUCAGAAAAUCAACAGCAGGUUAUGGUUCCCAGGAGUUUACCCAGAUUCUGUUGACGUGCUCAGAACACUGACACUGACCUCCAACUUUGCUACAAGGCCAUUCCAGGAUCACUGCUCCUGAGAGAAGGCCCAGGCUACCCAGCAGCUGUCCCCUGCAAUGUGAUGCGAUGCACAGCCCCUGUCCAUGCACGUGGCACACAGCACUGACCAGGAUGGCAGCUGGGCUAAAGAAUGAAGUGUCAGGUCUAAUUCACUCCCUUGGCAAAAAGAUCAAGAACUAAAGAGAAUUACUCUUAUACAAACUUUGCCCAAUAAUGAUUUCCACUAUCCACUGUUAGGAGGCAGCCUCGGACACUUCCAUGGUGAGAAGCACUUAGUUUGACCACAGGAUGGAACUUUGUGUCACUGAAGAAGGUGGGAAAAUUUCUCUAUCAGGAGAGUUUAACUGUUUGAUGCAGUUUUUCUCUGGAAGAAAGUAUGGCCUUAAUGCAACAGGGUCCUCGUCGCUUCCUCCUUUCCAGGCCUUCCUCAUGGUGGUGGGAGAGAAGGAAAUCCAUGAUACCAGCCUCCAAUCUGGGAGGGAGAGCUGGCACACACUGAGCUCUCCCUGCCAGGGCCACUGGGAUGAGGGACAGAUCCGAACUGAUCUGGGUCUUGGUCACAAAGAAGACGCACAGAUUCUCUCUAGCAAGGGGGCAUCACCUGGGAAAGCUGCCUAUCUGAGGAGGCAGAGACAGGAUGGGCAGGCAUUCCGGAUGGGGGACAAGAGCAAGGGUGUGGGAACCAGAAAGGCCCACGCAUGUUUGAGGAGGGGGAGCCCCCUGGUGUAUGCAGUGCAGGGUGCUGGGGGCUGCUUAGACCAUUCCAAGGAGGCCCAGAGGCCAGGCUGGGAGGCCUGGACAUUUCCUGUUGUGCAGAAGGCCCAGUACUUACCCAAAUUCUUCACACCCAAGCCUAAGAUCUCUGAUAGCCUGGAACCUGUACAAAGUCUGACCAUUCAAAGUCACUCACGAAGCCUGUGCAAGUGCCAGGAGGACCCACCAACAGGGUGAGGGAAGUCCCUGUCCACCUCCCAAGUCCCAGAGCCACUGAAAUUCAAUAAUCAUUACUGAGCACCUCCUGUAAACCCAGUCGUGUUGGUUGCUAAGUGUGUCUGCCAUACUUCUCUUUUAACUUAAUCGCUGCAACUAAGCUUUGUCAUUCUGCUUUUAGAAACUGAGAAAAUUGGGACUCAGCAUUGGGAUCCCUACACCACCGCCGUCUAGCUGUGUGACAUCAGCUAAAUUACUGUCUUUCUGUGCUUCCUUUCCCCCUUAUAUAUAAAUAGGGAGUAAUACCUGUAACAUCCAAAAUUAUUUUGAGGACAAAAUGAGUUAAUACAUAUAAAUACUUCUAAGCUUGUACCUGACAUAUCCUAAUCUCAAUAAAUAUCAGUUAUUGUCAUUUGUAAUGUUA